UUGUUUCGCUAUAUGGCUCCAUCGAGCCGUGAUCUCAAAGAAAUGCGGCUAUAUCUUGGUAGUGGAAAAAACAGGAAAAGGAAGGCCGAUAGGAACUCUGAUUCAAAUGGUUUUCUUGUACCGAAGAAUGCUCAGAUUUCUCUGACUCCUUCUUUAGUUUCCGAGAAUGAUACAUCUUUACUUCCAUGGUAUUCGGUUCUCUGUUGGGUAACCGACUACUUCCCGUUUGCAAUUAUGAUAUAUUUCUGCAGCGAAGUUUAUCGUUUUUUUUAUCCUGACAGUCAGGCCAUUAAUGUUUCUAUUAUUUGGAUUCUUCUUUUAACAGCGUUUGUGCUACAGGCUUUGGCCAGUAUGACGAGCACUCUUUUCUUUGGCGACGUUGUAGAAGGGGAAAGGAACGUCAUCGUUUCGUUUGCUGCGUUAUUCUUCUUUUUUUCCAUGAUCUUUUUAAUGUUUUCGGAAAGCUACUUUGAUAUUGGGUUCAACAAAGCUUACGAGGCGUUUAUAAAGACGACGUCCGAUUUUUUCGUUGCGAGUGAUCUGCCUGAUAUACCGGUCGAACGUUCUCCAGUGUUGCUCUUCAUAACACUUUCGAUGCUUUUUGCUUUCCUAGGAGCAAUGCUAGUUUUUCCUAACUUUCGAUAUGCUAGAAUGUAUGCGUGUGCAGUAAAGGAGGCCGAACCGUUAUCGAAGUUUCUAUACCAUAUUGCCUUCUUCUCUCAGUACUUCUCCUUAUUUCUUUUCACGCACCCAGUCAAGAACUAUAUCCUUCAUGGUCCUUAUAAAAUGCUCACGGCUUCUCACCUGAAUUCACUACGUAUCUGGUCAGUAAUAACUUCGAUGUUUUUACGUGUACUGGUAAGGCGAGCUCACUUACAGUCACAUUUAAACCUUGCUGCUGGCGCUUUGAAUGAGAUUCGAUCUCAGAGUGGAAAUAUUAAUUCUCUCGAUCUGCAGAAAAUGGUUUUCCGCUACUACACUUACUUGAACGUUGCGACUUUACAGUACUUUUUACCUCCUAUUCUUCCCCUUACAUUUGCUCUGCUUUUGAAGACAUUAGGUAAUUAUUCUUGGAUUGGUAAAGAACUGCUGUACGUAGAAAUGAGGUCGGAAAGCAGUUCACUUGCGUCUUUGACUGUACUGCUUGGCCCGUCGGUUCAGCAAGGCAUUUGGACCCUUUUCCUCGUGAUUAGUUUACUUCAUAAUUGCCUUCUUUCAUUGAUUGGUUUCUUUUAUAACACGUAUAUCGUAGAAGCCUAG